AUGUAUCUCGACCGUGGAUAUCCAGCAAACGUUUCUCCAGCUGUGAGGAAACGCCGCAAACUACAACAUCUACCCAAGUCCGCCGAAACUCGGCAAGAGCAAGUGCCACAAACCAAGAACACCGUUGCGGUGCUGAAUGAGUUGAAGCGCAAUCUAGUUUAUAAGGUUGAAUCUCAAACCGGCCCUGUGCAUGCUCCUAUCUUCACAAUUUCAGUGGUGGUUGAUGGGCAGAAAUUCGUGGGUUCCGGACCGAGCAAAAAGUUAGCACGGGUGGCGGCAGCAGCGUCCGCGCUCCGUAGUUUCAUUCAGUUCAAGGAUGGUGCUACCUUGACACCGAUAGAGCCGUUGCAAAAUGUAGAUUUCACCAGCGAUGAUCCGAUGAUUGAGAACAGCAUUUUUCCACUCUCUGAUGCGGUUCCCAUAGAGCCGCAGGAAAAGUCAAUUACCACGAAUGGCAAACCACUGCCAGAAACUACUAUCACUGUCAAUUUGAGCAACAGCACCAAAUACAACAGUAACGUCUACAACAUCACCGCCGCCAACCGCCAAAGCAACGUUUGUGGUAACGCAUUCGAAGGUAGCGUUUCGCACUCAAUCAACCACAGUAAGAAAGACGCUACAAGGGAAACAAACGUUGGUAACAGUAGUGUUAAGGUAAUGUGCGAAGGAACCAGAAUUGAGGCUACCACCAUAAACACCAACACAAGCACUUUUGCGGGCGAGAAGUUGCUUGGUGGUUCGGAUCGUAAUUCAACGACAACGACUGGUUAUCUCGAUGCAUGCGCCGGCAGUCGCACUACAACGGCAGCGGGGUCUAAUAUAGCAACCAACAUGGCAGCAACCGGAGCCAAUUACAACGACUGUCACGAUCAGUGUAUCAGCGGCAGUAUUGACGGUGUCGCCACCUCCACCGUCACCGCUGCCAGCGAUAUAUCUGUGCAUAAUACUUCCUGUGCCGCUACUGCCGACGUUGCUGUAACCUUCCCCAACAUCCCCGAACCGGCCGCAAGUACAGCUGCGACGAUCGGGUGUACCAAUUCCCCACCUUCAGUCACGAACACUCCCACCACUACCACUAUCGUUCUAAUGCUUCCAUCGACUGAUGCUACUUCAGAGAGCGAGCGAGUAGUAUCAGCGCCUGCACAAUUAUCUUGCUUGUGUAGCAACGGUUCUAGUAAUACACCACCUGCCGAGUCGGAUCGGCUCGUAGUACCCUGUGCCGUUCCGAAGAGCGGUAGUGCACCCGGUGGUAUUAAACAUUGCACACCAUCGGCGGCGGCCGACUUUCACCGCUACGUCAACAAUGCUUACUACGAUUCCUUCCACAAAGUAAACAAUCAACAUCCGAUCAAACAGCCUGGCUGCUCAUGCCGGCGGGAGACUCUAGACUUUCGCGGUACUAACCACCACCAUGCUAAAACGUGCUUUGUGCGUAACACGCUCAAUAAUACCAACGUGCCCGCGACUGUUGCACCAGCGGUCUCGCCAUAUGCUAACGAAGUGUUUUUAAAACGAGAACCGUCCGAGGUUGGUGUACUACCGGUCUUUUUCACUAACAUUGGCGUCCGUAACACUAUUAACAACAUAAGUGACAACAUUCUGGCGGCUGAUACUGCUCCUGUCUCUGGAAAUUCUAACAGCGCUGGCGAAAAAAAGAAGUACCCUUCCGAAAGCCACUUCUUCCCUCCUCUUGGCACUAUUAGUAACCUAGUUGCUCCCGUCACAACCACCAAAACCACAACUACUCAACCUUCCUCCCAGUGUCCUGCCAAUGGUAAUCCCAGUGCGCAAAAUGGUCAACGGCAAGUGGUCGAAAAGAUUCAGCAAAGUUUAGAUUUGUUCAAAAAUAGCAAUGAGAAGGCUGUAGCGUGGAAGAAGCGUUUCGAAAAGCUGAAAGUUUCGGCAACGAACAUUGUCCGUAACAGUGCUACCGUCGCGGCUGGCCACCAUCCCAAGUCGCAGCCUGAGAAGGGGCCGGUAAUGCUGUUGCACGAGCUCUUCACCGAUGCACACUUCGAAUGCGUGUCGUCGGAUGGACUCCAGCAUUCAAAGUUCACCGUCGUGGUGACGGUAAACGAUAACCAGCGGUUCGAGGGGACCGGCCCGUCGAAGAAGAUGGCUAAAAAUGCUGCAGCCAAGGCAGCACUUGCGUCGAUAUGCAACAUCUCUUUUAGUCCGCUGCAGCAGUCCAAGUUUGGGCUGAUCAACGCUGGAACCAGUAACGGAGCAAUUGGUGGCACCAGUGGCAUCUCAGUGAAUGGUGAGAAUGCCUUCAAAUCGGCCAAAAAUUUUGAACUUCCUCAAACAUUCGCGGAUGCGAUCGGCAAGCUAGUCAUAGAAAAGUUUAAUCUGGUGAUGCAGGGCAGCGAUGUGUACAGCCGGCGCAAGGUGUUGGCUGGAUUUGUAAUGACACAGGGCUAUGACGUGAAAACAGCGCGUGUCAUUUCACUCGCUACGGGCACAAAGUGCGUGAGCGGUGAACAUAUGAGCGUCACUGGGUCGGUGAUAAACGAUUCGCAUGCUGAGAUUAUCGCGCGGCGCGGUUUGAUGGACUUCUUCUACACUCAGCUCGAUCUACUGUGCCGCCAUUCGGUAACUGGUGAAGAAUCGUCACCGAAAGCUCCCAUCACUGGUACAGGAUCUUCAUUACCCGGAACGAGCAGCAACGUGCAAGAGAAAUCGAUUUUCAACAAACCUAGCAUCGAAUCCGCCCUCUACACACUAAAGGAUGGUAUUUACUUUCACCUGUAUAUCAACACAGCUCCGUGUGGCGAUGCCCGCGUGUUUAGUCCACACGAAAAUGACAGCAUGGACGUCGACAAACAUCCGAAUCGAAAGGCCCGUGGUCAAUUGCGUACGAAGGUAGAGUCGGGUGAGGGAACGAUACCGGUGAAGAGCAGCGAGGGCAUUCAAACAUGGGACGGUGUACUGCAGGGUCAGCGCUUGUUGACCAUGUCGUGUUCGGAUAAAAUUUCGCGCUGGAAUGUGUUAGGCCUACAGGGAUCGUUGCUUGCGUCAAUUAUACAACCUAUCUAUUUGCACUCGAUUGUGCUCGGCAGUCUAUUGCAUCCUGCUCACAUGUAUCGUGCUAUAUGCGGUCGAAUAGAGAACGCUAUCCAAGGGCUUCCUCCACCGUAUCGCUUGAACAAACCGAAGCUUGCUUUGAUGACGUCGGCCGAGUCACGCAACCAAACGAAACCACCAAACUUCAGCAUAAAUUGGAUAACCGACUGCACCGAGGUGGAGAUCGUUAAUUCGUUUACCGGCAAGUUGAUUAACAACAAUAACAAUACGAGCAAAAUGUCGCGCCUGUCGAAGCAGUCAUUCUACCGUCGCUACACCACUGUAAUUGCUCAGCUACCGCAUGUGGGAUCUCGCGAGCUGAAGCCAACGUAUUUCGAAACGAAGAUGUCGGUGGUAGAGUAUCAGCUGGCAAAGCGUGAGUUGUUUGCUGCAUUCAGCAAGGAAGACCUGGGGGACUGGCUGAAAAAACCAAUUGAACAGGAUCAGUUCACUCUGCUGACGGCGAAAGAAACCGAUCCGCAGUAUGGCGGUCCUCAGCAGCCAAUCGUAGUGCCUCCACCUCCGGCGUCGUCGUUGUCGUCGACGGUGGCGGUGGGGUCAGUUUGCUCCGAGACCGGAAAGGUAGCGACAAAAGUGUUAGGUCCCGAUCGUCCCCUCUAUCCUGCCGAUUUGCCAUCGCUUACGCAUCCGUUCUCUGUUACUGGGUCCUUGCACAACCCAGUCCUUGGACCUGGACCCAAGGUGGGCCAUGUUGUCCUCGCACAACCCACUCCUUAUUACUACCAGUGA